GCUUGCGCACAAAGGAUGUUUCGCUUUUCAUUUCAUCACCCGGCUUGAAUUGUGCAGAGCUAGCCUCGAUUGAUUUCGGUAUAAAAGAUACUUUAGUUUAGUAAUUAGCUAGUUGGUUCAUUCUGCGUCACUAAGUAAUACACGGUUGUUACUAUGACGUGUCGUGUGGGUCCUCGAGCUGCAGGAACUGAUGGAAGUGACUUCAAACACAGGGAAAAGGUGGCCCCACAAUACCAGAUGAGUGCGUCGCUAAAGUCUAAGAUCCGGAAGCUGAACUUGGUCCACCUGCUGCUUUGGCUUCUGGUAGUGGCCCAGGUGACCGUCAACAAACUCAACCUGGUGCCUAGCAACACAGUGGCCGAGCCCUACAGGUGGGAGUACCCCUACCUCAUCAGCCUAUUCCCGCUGGUCACCGGCAGCCUGUCGCUUCCCAAGAACAACAUCAGCUACCUGGUGAUCUCCAUGAUCAGUUCGGGCCUGUUCUCCAUCGCACCACUUUUCUACGGCAUCAUGGAGAUGCUAGGCGAAGCUCAGCAGCUGUACCGCCACGGCAAGGCCUACCGCAUCCUGUUUGGGUGGGCCGCAGUCACCGUCAUGUAUCUGGUGGUGCUGGCAGCACUGCACGUGCACGCCUGGCAGAUCUACUACAGCAAGAAGUUGCUGGACGCCUGGUUCAACUCAACGCAGGAGAAGAAGAAGAAGUGAUCGGGAUGAAUUGUGGGACUGAUGUGGAAAAACCGCUUAGGUUUUCUGUCUUUAGGGUGCAAAUAUAAUUACUCAGUUAUUUAUUCAAUAUAAUCACUGUCUUGUCUUUCCGUGUAGUCUGGGGGAAGUAAAUUUCAUUCUGAAGACAUUCAGGCAUGUUCAUUGUCUUUGACACGUUAUUCAUGUCAUUAUAACAUGUAACUACACACAUGAAUGGGGCUCAUGGUUUUGUCAUGAGAAUCAACCUAUACCAAAUAAGGAAUGUGGUCUUAGUCUAAGAGUCAACAUUUGUAUGUUGUUUUCAUUGGAGACCUGGGUUCAAAACCCUCCCGAAACACAACACACACACACAUUCCAAUACCCUAGGUCCAUGCUGUUAAUUAUUUCCUUUCCACGUCAUCUGUCUUCUGUCAGGGCUAAGCAUGAAUGUUGUCUUGGGUUUGUCACUUCCUUUUUUUGUUCUCAUACAAACUUACCUCAUAAUCUCAGAUCCUAGAUCCAGAAGGAUCUAGUCUGAGCUGAGCCAGUUAACUAGCUGUUAGCAUUAGCAACUCUAUACUUUGUUAACCUGGCUCUAGAGAAUGAAUGAGAGCCUGCAGCUCCCCCUGAAACCACAAUGUUUACUGGCACAGCUGAAGGAUUUAAGUAGCUCUGUAUGAACCAAGCCUUUGUGUGUGAGACUGCAGCGUGACCAGAGGAUAUUAACAGACUUUUUGUUUCUCAACCGAGAAGGAAUGAGGGCCAAAUAAGUUUUCCAUGAUUUCAGUAAAUGGACAUUUAGUAAUUAAUAUGUAUUCUAGAAAGCACUGGAAGGCAUGCACACCAGUACUGUCCAAGACUCAGAGACAUUGGGUGAUGUUUUCUAAUCUGAACAUUUUGAAGCAUCUCUUCACCAAGUUGGCUUGAGGGGUUACACUAUCUAGUUUGCUUAACCUUUCAUGUAACGUUUUCAUGUUUUUGCCUGUAAUAAAAAAUCUAUUGUAA